UUGCCACUGGUCAUAGCAGGUUUGCUAGAAAAUGGGCCAACUCGAUGGAGUUAAGAUUUACUACACAGCUCUUUAACUCAAUAAAGAUUGCAAUAGCUCGUGUAAUGUCUGCAUGGAUGUCAAAAACUCUGGGAGGAUUACAUCGCUCCCCCUCGACCGAGUUGCCACUGGUCAUAGCAGGAUUGCUAGAAAAUGGGCCAACCCGGCAAAGCUGA